AUUAUACCAUGCUUUCAAAACCUAAAAUGAGCUCUCUCGCUCGAUUCUGUAUCGAGAGUGCUGGCUAUUGCUCUCUCGCAUUUCAGAGAGAAUGUAGCCGAGAGAGACUUCACCCUCAAAACAUGAAUCUCCCUCAAAACCAGAAAACUAGAAAAAAUGUGGAUGAAAACACUUUUGAGUGUUGAUUUUUGUUCAAUCGUUCUCGGGCCGAGGAAAAGGAAAGAACAGAAUUCUGAGUUCAGAAAAUUUCGUUGAUUUCCCACAAAAUGUUUACGAGCGGUUAUUUCGCAUCAAAGAAAAAAUUGUUAAACUGCAUUUAAACUAAUGCCCGCCACUUAUAAGUUUAUUAUUAGACAACGAACCACAUUCGCGUGCGAAAGCCCAGAACUUUGAAAUAUCGAUGACAAAACAUAUAUAGUCAAACGAUUUGUUUACGUGCGGUGUGGUGUGUGAACUGUGUAAGUGUGCCUGACCCAAAACCAAAGCGAAACUUCUCCAACACCCAAUACAGAAACCAAAAUGAAAAAUACAACGGAUUACCCUAGAUUAGACCCAACCACAGCGGAAGGAGCCAGCGAAGAGCUGUACGCGAGGUUUAUCUCCGCCCCGACGAGCAGCAUGAGUACCGAAGCUAUUGCUGAGCACAUGCAACAGAAUCAAAUCACCUUCGAGAUACCCAGCGCCCUCGAUAUGCGGCACAUCGACACACUUAACUCGUUCAACGCCUUGCUCCAGCGGAUCGGCAAUGCCGCCGUCUCGAACAACGCCGCACCACCCUUUGGAUGGACGCAUAAAGGCAUCAUCAGCACCGAACAGCUCUCCAAGUCGGUGGUGCUGGACUUGGCCGAUCUUCGGGACCGGGGCGAGGAUAGCGGCGAUCCGGCGGGUUGGUGGAAUCACAUCUUCAACGACGCCGAUAUGCUCGUGCUAAUCAACUAUCUGUGGAUCGGAGUAAUCAUCUCCCUGGUGGUGCUAUCCCUUGUCUUCAUCCUAUUCAGCUGCUACUUCUAUCGAAAGUUCCGCACAUGGAAGAAAUGCAAUAAAGAUAUAAGUACACAGAUCCAUUCCGCCAACGAUUCUUCCCACGGAGCAGGGUCUCACCUAGACAGCUGUGAUGCUAGUCGCCUGCUCCUCCAUCAGUCGCAACAGCCAUCUGCUGCUAACAGCAAUGAAGCUUCAUUUUACGAAAUCGAGUCCCCACCCUGCUAUACAAUUGCCACCGGGUUACCCAGCUAUGAUGAGGCUCUGCAUCACCAGCCUCAUCACUUUGCCUACGGCAUGAAGUUUGUGUACCCCUGCCUGGCACCUGUGCAUCAUCAUCAUCACCAUCAUCCACGCACCACCUGCACACCCAUUAGGGAGAAGACCAAACUGCAGCAUCAGCAACUGAAUAAGCUGCAAAAGUGCAAACUGUCAGCAGCAGCUGCCACGGAGGAGGACAAAACCUGCAUCUCCAUAUCCGAGUCCGAAACGGCCAUGCCUGCUGUUCGCAUUAACAUUCAGGAUGAGGAGCAGUCUGAGCCGGAGCACAGGGAUCUGGCUGUGGUGACAGCACAAAGUUUACUGCCAGCGGCUACUGCUGGCGAUGAGUACGCCACAUUGGUUGUUGUAGUUGCCUCGUGAUUGCCCAGAUAGUAGGCAGAGGAAGAGUACCGAUUCGAGUCAGCGACUCGAGUCGUGGAGGGAUCAGGAAUAGCAGCAAAUUGCUUAGUCACUUGUAAAUACAUGCGUCGUCUGAUGCUAAAGAUGUUUCUAACGUAGAGACAUAUAGCCUUAUAAAAUAAUUAUUAACCAAAAUUCAAUGUUUGCUAUCUAUACUCGUAUAGACCCUCUCACAACAUUGCCCCCUCAAAAGUAUUUGUUAUAUUAUUGUAUUAUGCAAGACUGAGUAUUAUUUAAUUUAUAUAUUACUGUAUAUUGUAUUGAACCUAGUUGUAUGACCAUUAAACUUGACUGUGAAGAGAGAAAAUAUACA